AUGUUUUCAUUAUUUUCUUUGGAUAGACUGCUUCUUGGUACCAGCGUUCUCAAUGCUGCGCUUGUUCUCGGAGCACCUCACCUUGUUGAGCGCGAUGGAUCGUCUCCUUCACUUUUAUUUGAUCCAAACACAACCAAGUACUGUUCUUGGUGGGUUGAGUUGACCUCGGAGAGGGACUGCUCUCCUCUUCUCGAGCAAAACUUCAUCACUCUCGAGGACUUCUGUCGCUGGAUAAUACAUCUUCCUCCCGUUUUCAUUAAUAACCCUUCCAUCACUACUGACUGUGGUGGUCUCGUCGUCGGAAACUCUUAUUGCGUAGAGACUAUGAAUGAGCCUGCUUCGAGUACUUCCUCGUCAACUUCUUUUUCGACAUCUAUUGCUACCUCUACCUCGGUCAAGCCUACGUUGUCUUCUUCGUCAAAGCCCGUAAUUACAACUCCCUCUAUCACCGUCAAGCCGUCUACAUCGACUACUGUCCCGCCUACGACAACGAAACCCUCCAAUGGAGUUGAUACUCCCUCUCCGCUGCAACCUAGUAUCGUUGCCAACUGUGAUUCUUUCUACUAUUUCCUCUCCUGGAACCCAAGUGCUGGCUCCGACUGUACCGGGCUCUGGGCCAAUGCAUACGCAUGCAUUAGCAUCAUCGGCCACACACCUACUUCUGCAGCUCCCACGACGACCACAACUGGCAAUGGUAUCGCAACUCCGUCUCCGAUUCAGGAUGGCAUGGUCCGUAACUGCGACAGCUUUUACAUGGUAAAAUCAGGUGACACCUGCGAUAAGAUCUCCUCUAGCAAAGGCAUCACUUCGGCUCAGCUCAUCUCCUGGAAUCCGGCUGUCGGCUCAAACUGUGGUAGUUUGUGGCUCGAUACUUAUGUAUGCAUUUCUACCGUCGGACACACACCCACGACUACUACCACCAAGGCUCCAGCCACCACGACCAAACCUGGUAACGGCGUUGCCACGCCUACACCGUACCAGACUGGUAUGACCACAAGCUGCAAGACCUUCCACUUCGUUGCAAGUGGUGAGACUUGUGCGACGGUCUCUGCGAAGUACAAAAUCACCACAGCAAACUUUACUAAGUGGAAUCCUGCGGUCGGUAGCGCAUGUGCUGGCUUGUGGGCUAACACGUAUGCGUGCAUAGCUAUAUUGUAG